UGGAGUGACAACAUGAUGUCAUAAGACUGCGCCGUGCUCCUGCAUCUGCUGUGAUUCUGCUGAAUAAAGAUGGCGUUUAUUAAAGAGGAGACUGAAGACACGAAGAUUGAGUUUAUUAAAGAAGAGAGUGAAGACAUAAAUAUGGAGUUUAAUAAAGAUGAGAGUGAAGACAUGAAGAUAGUGUUUAUUAAAGAUGAGACUGAAGACGUGAAGAUUAAAGAAACAUUCAGUGUCAAACAUGAAGAUAUUGAGGAACAAACAGACCUGAUGGCACUGAAAGAGGCGAGUCAUGAACUUAAUGAAAGGGAAGAAGAGAAAAAACAUUACGAUAAACAUUAUGAUUUCAUGACUGGAGAAAGAUUAACACAGGCUAAAAAGUGUUCCUCACAAAAAAAAGCUCAAAAGACAGGAACUAAAAGUUAUUUCACCUGCCAACAGUGUGGAAAGAGUUUUGAUCAACAUAGAAACUUUCAAGACCACUUGAGAAUUCACACUGGAGAAAAGCCUUACACCUGCCAACAGUGUGGACAGAGUUUCACAUUUAAAGGAAACCUUAAAGUCCACGUGAGAAUUCACACUGGAGAAAAGCCUCACACCUGCAAACAAUGUGGAAAGAGUUUCAGUCAAAAAGGAAGUCUUAUAGCCCACAUGAGAAUUCAUACUGGAGAGAAACCCUUCACCUGUCAAGAGUGUGGACAGAGUUUCACUGUAAAAGGAAACCUUAUAGUCCACAUGAGAAAUCACACUGGAGAGAGUCCAUUCACCUGUGAACAGUGUGGAAAGAGUAUCAGUGGGAAAGGAAACCUUGAAAUCCACAUGAGAAUUCACACUGGAGAGAAACCCUUCACCUGUCAAGAGUGUGGACAGAGUUUCACUGUAAAAGGAAACCUUAUAGUCCACAUGAGAAAUCACACUGGAGAGAGUCCAUUCACCUGUGAACAGUGUGGACAGAGUUUCACUGUAAAAGGAAACCUUAUAGUCCACAUGAGAAAUCACACUGGAGAGAGUCCAUUCACCUGUGAACAGUGUGGAAAGAGUAUCAGUGGGAAAGGAAACCUUGAAAUCCACAUGAGAAUUCACACUGGAGAGAAACCUUUCACCUGCCAACAAUGUGGACAGAGUUUUACACAUAAAGGAAACCUUAAAGUCCACAUGAGAAUUCACACUGGAGAAAAGCCUUACACCUGCACUCUGUGCGGGAAAGGCUUCACACGGGAACGAAACCUUAGGAAACACAUGAAUAUUCACACUGGAGAGAAGCCUUUUACAUCUGAUCAGUGUUGAAAGAGUUUCAGAUUUAAAGGUGAGCUUAAGUGCCACAUGAGGAUUCACUGAAAGAGAACUGUUUUAGAAGUCAUACCUGUGGAAAGAGCAGAGGUGUAAAGAGUACCUGAAAACCAUACUUGAGUAAAAGCAGAAAUACCUGACAGCAAAAAAUUACUCCCAUUACAAGUUAAAAGUGACAAAUUCUAAUACAACUUGAGUAAAAAAUCUUGGAGCAUCUGAUUUUAACAUUACUUAAGUAUUUUACUCAUGCUAAAUGUAGGCUCAGAGAUG